AUGGAUUUUAUACUUGGAUUACCCAAGACUGUACGUGGUCAUGAUUCAGUAUUUGUUAUUGUUGAUAGGUUCUCAAAGAUGGCACAUUUUGUACCUUGCUCAAAGACGUAUGAUGCUUCGCGAGUUGCAGCGUUAUUCUUGCGAGAAGUAGUGCGUCUCCAUGGUUUACCAAAGAUUGUUGUCAGUGAUAGAGAUGUGAAAUUUGUAAGCUAUUUUUGGAAGACAUUGUGGGCAAAGCUUGGUACACGUUUGAAGUACUCUAGUGCCUUUCAUCCGCAAACGGAAGGCCAAACAGAAGUUGUAAAUCUCAGAAAUUUGCUUCGCUGUUUAGUUCAUGAUCAUGUUACCUCAUGGGAUUUAAUCCUACCAAAUGCUGAAUUUGCCUAUAAUAGUUAUGUAAAUCGGACUACUGGCAUGUCACCUUUUGAGGUGGUUUGCGGUGAUUUUGUUAUGAUGAGAUUAAGGCCUGAACGUUUCCCACGACACACUUACCAUAAGUUACAUUCAAAGAAGGUAGGUCCAUUUAAAAUUCUUAAGAAAUUGGGACCUAAUGCUUAUGUGCUCGAGUUGCCGACUGAUUUGCAGAUUAGUCCCAUUGUUAAUGUUGAAGAUUUGCAACUGUGUGAAGGCCACCAUGUUGACAAUGAAACUCCAGUAGCAGUUCCUAAGUUUCCCAAAAAGACCACUCCGAAAGAAGAAAUUGAAGAAAUCCUUGAGGACCAGAUUGUGUCUACUCGACGUGGGGGAUAUCAGAAAUUCUUAGUUAAAUGGAAGAACAGGCCAUACUCUAAUUGCUCAUGGGUGCGCACUGAAGAGCUUCAAAGACUUAACCCAGACUUGUGCGAGUUUACCAAGCGAGUCACUUGUCGGAGUGGAGUUCUUUUUAGCAGGAGGAAUUGGUGGCUAACCAAUGAUGGAAGAACCGUGUUCGAACACUCUGCCAGGCUGAAGACUUGGUCUAAAAUUCAAAGUUUAGUUUUAUUUGGGUAUGCAAAGCUAAUUGUAGCUAUUUAA